CAAUGAGAUAGUGCAGAUAUACACAGAUCUAGAGGCUCCAGGAGACGAUGCGACACUCAGCCUGAAAAGAUUUGGAAGACCCAAAAUGAAAACUGAUUAUUGAAUGAAAUUAAAACCUAAGGUAAUUUAAGAUUAGAGAACCAUGUUAACACUACCGUUUGAUGAGUCUGUUGUAAUGCCAGAAUCCCAGAUGUGCAGAAAGUUUUCUAGAGAAUGUGAGGACCAGAAGCAAAUUAAGAAACCAGAAAGCUUUUCCAAACAAAUUGUCCUUCGAGGAAAGAGCAUCAAAAGGGCCCCUGGAGAAGAAACUGAGAAAGAAGAAGAGGAGGAAGACAGAGAAGAGGAGGAUGAAAACGGGCUGCCCAGAAGGAGGGGUCUUAGGAAAAAAAAGACCACCAAGCUCCGACUGGAAAGGGUCAAGUUCAGGAGACAGGAAGCUAACGCUCGGGAGAGGAACAGGAUGCACGGCCUCAACGAUGCUCUGGACAAUUUACGAAAAGUGGUCCCCUGCUAUUCUAAAACCCAAAAACUGUCCAAAAUAGAAACUUUACGACUGGCCAAAAACUACAUCUGGGCACUUUCUGAAAUUCUGAGAAUCGGCAAGAGACCGGAUCUGCUCACGUUCGUCCAAAACUUGUGCAAAGGUCUUUCCCAACCAACUACAAACUUGGUGGCAGGCUGCUUGCAGCUCAACGCCAGGAGUUUCCUGAUGGGUCAGGGUGGGGAGGCUGCACACCACACCAGGUCGCCCUACUCCACCUUCUACCCACCCUACCACAGCCCUGAGCUCGCCACUCCCCCAGGGCAUGGGACUCUUGAUAAUUCCAAGUCCAUGAAACCCUACAAUUAUUGCAGUGCGUAUGAAUCCUUCUAUGAAAGUACUUCCCCUGAGUGUGCCAGCCCUCAGUUUGAAGGUCCCUUAAGUCCUCCCCCAAUUAACUAUAAUGGGAUAUUUUCCCUGAAGCAAGAAGAAACCUUGGACUAUGGCAAAAAUUACAAUUACGGCAUGCAUUACUGUGCAGUGCCACCCAGGGGUCCCCUUGGGCAGGGUGCCAUGUUCAGGUUGCCCACCGACAGCCACUUCCCUUACGACUUACAUCUGCGCAGCCAAUCUCUCACCAUGCAAGAUGAAUUAAAUGCAGUUUUUCAUAAUUAAUGAGGAAAAUGAAAAUAAACAGUGGUCAUUCACCUCCCCCGUCUAAUUAAGACAAAGCAGAUGCUUGUGGGCUUGAGUAAUUGGCACAACUCUAUCUAAGGUGUUUACUAGUUUCUGAAGUGUGUUUCAACUAUUGUGAGAAUUUUCUAUGUAAUAAUAAAUCUCUUUUCGUAUGAGAACUUCUUUUCCUUUCCUUUUGUCUGUAAGGCACUGUGAUUCUGUUUCUACUGGCAGGAUUUUUUUCUUGUUUUCUUUUCUUUGAAAUUCACUUAAUUUGUUUGAACAAGGUGUCUAAGAAUAUACUGUUGAAUAAAGACAUGCACACAGCAUAACUCAAUGUCUAUUUUGGUUGUACAGUAAUUAUAAAAAUGCAUGUUAUUAAAAUCAGAUGAGUAAAAUGAUGUGUUUAUAAUUAUUGGAAAAUUUAUCUUAUGUAUCUCUGAAAAUUGAAAAUAACAAGAAUAUCACUAAACUAACCAGUGAUAUUGGAAGAUGCAUUUGAGGAUGUACAACAAUAUAAAAAGCUAUGCAAUUUUCUGUUUAUUAAGGAUAAAUCUUAAUGCAUUCAAUUGGUGACUAUUUCUCUUCAAGUAGUAGCAGAUGGGGCAAUGUGAUAUUUGGGUAGAUGGUAUCACAGUUUUGGAACAAUUAUUUCAAUCAUAAAGAAAACAGGUUUUCAGCACUUAUUUUCUAUUGUUCAGAAAUUAUC